AAAGAAGUUGUUCCGCAGAUUGGAAUAGUAAUCUCGUAGAGCAAACUGACGUGCAUCAUCCAGAGAAAACACUCGACCUGAGAUUUGCGACAUCGCGCACAGCACACUGUUUUGCCUAGCGCAGACACUAGACCACGAUCCAUGUUGCUUGACAACAGGACAGGACCUAUCGCAUAAUCAGCAGGUAGUAUUACGGCCGCCAUGGCCCCGCGUGGAAUCGGCGCCCUGCCACUCGAGCUGCUGGUCUUUGUCAUCGAAAACCUCGACAGCGUGCGGGACAUAUCUGCACUAACGCGGACGAAUCGCCGAAUUUACAGCGCCUCGAACCCACUCCUCUACAGGUACGCGGCCCGCCACGGCGAUGCGCGCCCGCUGGCCUGGGCCGCGACCCGCAACCUGGUUGGCACGCUGCGCAUGGCGCUUGCUGCGGGCGCCGACCCCGACCACGAAUUCCUCGACGCCCUGCCCCGGGAGACGUGGGAGAAGGAAACCGCCGCGGCCCGGGAUGGUGCAAAUCCCGGCACCGCGACGCCGACUGGUGAUGGCGCCGUCAACAAUUUCAAGGACGCCCCCGACGACCACAUGUGGGACGUGGAUACUGAUCGCGGAUGGACCGAUUCCGCGUCCGACGUCAAGUGGUCUUCGGAAGCCGACAGGAGCGACAUCGACCACGCGAGCAGUCCCCAUACCGCGCAAUCGCUGACCAUUUCCACGUCGGACUACUCCUCCGCUCAUCAUCCCCUGAGCAGCUCCGACGGGGACUACGACAUGUUCUCAGAAGAAGCCGAGCCCAGCCAGCCCAAACCCCGUAUGAUCCUCCGACGGUACCGGGCAAUGCACCUCGCGGCACGAGACGGACACGACGCCAUCGUCUCGCUGCUGGCCGACUACGGCGCGUCGCUCGACGUGCCGUCACAAAACCUGUGCGACUGCGUCCCCCUCUACGGCCUGCUCAACGCCACCGAACAGCCUGAAGACCUCCCCCCGCUGAAAUGGUCGCCCCUGCACCACGCGCUGUGUCACGCCCGCCCUGAAACCGCCAAACUCUUACUCUCGCGCGGAGCGUCGUACAUGAUGGUGCCCGAGUCCGUCUUCAGUUCCAGUUUGGAACGGGAACACGGCCGGGGGCUGACGGCGCUACACUACGCGGCCGGCAUGGGCUUAACCGACGUAGUGCGAUAUCUGGUUGACAACAAAAUCCAAACCGAGAUCGACGCCCAGGACGAGUGGACCACGACGCCGUUUUACUAUGCCUACGCCAACCGCCACUGGGAGUCGACUGUCCCCUUACUGCUCGAGCUGGGCGCGAAUGUGGAGUGCGAGAUCAAAAUGUACAUUCCCUACACGGCCAUCACCCCGUUAGGCGAGGCCUGCCGGCUGGGGGAUUUUGAGGAGGCUGAUCGGCUGAUCGAUCUCGGCGGGGACGUCAAGCGCGGGUUUAUUGCGCUCACGAACGGGGGGUGUCUUACGCCACUGCAUAUGUGUUGUAUGCGCUCGGCUCAGCCCGUGGCGGGGGCCAGACCGCGCAAGAGGGCGGUGCUGAGCGAGGAGGAGUUUGGGAUUGCCCGGAUGCGGACGAUCGAGAAGCUGAUUGCUCAUGGUGCGCAGAUUGAUGCGAGGGAUUGCUUUGGAAGUACGCCGCUGAUGGCGGCCGUGCAGGCGUGUAAUGUGCCCGCGCUUAGAGCACUUCUCAAGGCUGGUGCAGAGUUGAAGGAGCACGACACGGCCAGUCGGACCGCGCUGAUGCAGGAGAUACGGGCUGCGCAGAGCCUGCCUGUAGCCGCGUUCUCUUCGCACGAGACAUAGUUCCUACAGAGUGUGUCUGAUAAAGGGUAUCUAAUCGAACUGGAUUCGA